UUCCGGUUGUCAAAUCGUAAACAUCUCAGUUGUGUAGCUCCCGCUUAUUUCAUGUUUUAAAAAUACUUACGUACACUUUUAUAACGCAACAUUCCAAAUUACAUAAAGUGAAGUGCUGCGAGUGCAGUGGAAACAUUGAUUUCGCGUUCACUCUGGAUAUUGGAAGAUAUUUUGCAAACAAAACUUUGAAAGCAGCAAUGCAGUUACCGUUAACUUCGUGUUUAAAAUAAACUUCAUAUUCACUUUUGACAUUACAACCACUACAAAGUACAACGAGAAGAGCCGUGGGAACAUUGAUUCACGUACGUACUUGGUAAUAAAUUACAAUGUUUACAAAAACAAAACAAAAAGGUUAGAAUAUUUGCAUGAAUCAUAAUAUUGACCAAGAAGAUUGGUGACAGUGACAACUAUUGAUUCUGACAGUAUCUCGGUGUUGCCAACCCAAGGAACCAUAGACUACCAAUCAAGUUUCACCACACCUCUACGAUCUCCAAAAAUGGAGGAUCAAUUUCAACUUUUAUUUAAUAAAAUGAAAAAUGAAAUGCAAAAACAAACUUUAGAACUAAAAGAAUCGAUAACUAACACAAUAAUGGAGAAAAUGGAGGAAAAAUUACAACCAAUCAUAGAAGAAAAUAAAAACUUGAAAAUUAAAUUGGUAAACCUUGAGAAAGAGGUGGAAAGCUUGAAAAGAGGAAAGAAACAAAACAAUUUAAUUAUCUUUGGAGUCAAAGAAGGCGAAAAAUCUUCACAGGAACUGAUACAAAAGGUGAAACAAAUAUUCGAAACCGACUUGAACUUGAAUUUGGAAGAUUAUGAAGUAAAUAAAAUGUAUCGAAUCGGAAAGGACAAUUCGGGUGGUAAACCAAGGCCCAUUCUAUUUUCCUUCGUAAGUGAAUGGAAAAAGAAUGAGGUUAUGAAAAGGAAGAAAAACUUUAAAGAUGUACAUGUUGCAGAAGAUUACACCAAAGAAGUUUUAGAAAAAAGGAAAAUGCUGCAACCGCAACUGAUAGAGGAGAGGAAGAAAGGGAAUUUUGCAUAUUUAAAAUUCGACAAAUUAGUAAUAAAAGGAAAGAUAAAUAACACAAGUAACGACAAAAGAAAAAGAGAAAAUUCAACAUCGCCACAAAAUAAUAUUCAACCAAGGAAACAACAAACUAUAAAGACAUCAAAUACAAACAGAUUAAAUGCAUUCGAUUUAUUGAGGGCCCGAUCCAAUUCUCUUCCUUCCAAUACAACAGAUAAUAAGCAAUAACAAUUAACUAUCGGUAAACGGAAAACACAACACUCUUGUAGCAAAAAACAUAAAGAAACAACAAAACAUAAAACUCCCCCAAGCCGACUGGUCCUCGUGGGGGAAAAUGACCAAGACCCUCUAAAGGUAAAUAAACCCCAUUCCCACAAGGAAAAUAAAACAACAGAUUAUUAUAUAGCAACUAUAAACUGUCGAUCUCUUAGAACUCCCGAAAAACUUCAAGAACUAGAACUGGCAAUAGAAGAAUUAAAAUGGGAUAUAAUUGGAAUUAGUGAAAUGAGAAAACUCGGAGAAGGAAUCGAAGACCAUGGAAAAUAUAUAUUGCACUAUAAAGGAGAGACGCCCGGACUAUAUGGAGUCGGAUUCAUGGUUAAAAGAAAUCUUUUAAACAACAUAGAAGAACUUAGAGGAAUAUCAGAACGUAUUGCAAUUCUUAAUAUAAAACUUCCUAUUAACGGAGAAAAAGAAGAAAAAUGGACUAUUAUUCAGGCGUAUUCGCCCACAGAAUCGGAUAAAAACGAAGACAUAACAAAAAUUGAAAAAUUCUAUAACGAUCUCCAAAGUACUAUAGAAAACGCAUAUAAAAACAUAAUUGUAAUGGGAGAUUUUAAUGGCCAAAUUGGAAAACAAAAAAACGGAGAAGAAUUCACUUUAGGACGCUAUGGAAUUGGUAACAGAAGCAAGAAUGGCACAAGACUAGUAAACUUUGCACUGGAAACCAGAUUAAGCAUUCUAAACAGCUUUUAUAAAAAGAAACCUUCAAAAAAAUGGACAUGGAUCUCACCUAAUGGACUUUACAAGAACGAAAUAGACUUUAUAAUGUCUAACAAUACAAAAGUUUUUAAGGACGUAUCAGUCAUAAAUAAUUUAAAUUUUAAUACAGACCACAGGAUGGUUCGGGCUACACUGGCAGGAACACGUUCCAAAGAAAAGAGACCAUUUCAUAAUAAAUACUCAACCAUUCAAUAUACAGGCAACACAGAAUUAUUGCUCAAUAAUCUAAAAACAUCACUAGAUAACGAGUUUAAGAACCAAGAAUCAUUACAAGAAAAAUACAACAAAUUGUUAAACCAAAUAAAAAUUGUAACUAGGAAAACAAACACGAAUGACAAAAAAGGAAUCUCACUUAAAAUCAAAGAAUUACUUGGAGAAAGGAAAAACCUUAUACGACAAGAAAAAAGUAAAUAUAACCGUCAAAAGAUAACAGAAAUAAGUAAAAAUAUUAGCGAACAACUUAGAAAAGAAAGGAAAACAAAACGACUAAAUACUAUGAAAAACUAUAUAGAAAAAACAGGAGGAAUAAAAAAGGCGAUAAAAGUAUUAAACCAAAAGAAAGAUUGGAUACCAAGUUUAAAAAAGAAUGAUGGUAAAAUCUCUGGGAAAAGAACUGAAAUACUAAAAACCGCUACUGAUUUCUACCGAAAUCUAUACCAAAGUCAAUGUGACUCACAAGUCGUAAAAACACAUCCUCCAACAGAGGAAGA